AUGGUCGCCACCAAGAAACGAACCAAUCCAGUGAAUCGGUUUAUCAACAACGUCGUUGACAAGCCGCAAGUCUUUUUUGCUGCCGAUACCAAGAUCGUCAACCAGGCAUUGGCCAUGGCAAAGCAUUUCUACGAUACAGCCAAGCAGCACGAGACUAUGGAAUUCUCGCCUUUUCCAGAGUUGUUGACCGAGGGAUUCGAGACCGAGCAGAUUUGGGAAGAGAUUGCUAGCCAAAACGAGCCUUUUUUGCACUAUGCCAAAUCCACCGUGAAGGAGUAUUCAAGGAAACGGAAACGAUCUGAAAUCGAAUACGACGAACACGAGGAUGAUGAUGCCAGCAUAUCUGGACAAUCGAUGGAACUUGAGCACGAUGAUGUUGAUGAUGUCCAAGAAGAAGACGAUGAGGAAGAAUAUGGCGAGAUGCUUGAGAAUGACGACGACGACGACGAUGAAGCUUUACAGCAAUUUGACGAGGAUGAAGAUGACGAGGAUGUUGAAGAACAAGUUGAAGAGGAAGAGGAAGAGGAUAUCGAAGAAGAAGAAGAGCCAAGUUCUACAAAACGAUCCGAGGUGGAUGAUGACUUUUUCAAUCUCGAGAAAUUCAACAAGUGGACCGAGGAUCAAGAAGAGUUGGAUAUGAUGUCAGAUCGUGAAGAGGAUGAAGACGACAUUGAUUACGACGAAGAUCUUGAAGACGUGGAUGAUGAGGACGAGGAUGAGGAUGCUCUUGUUGACGCAUCAGAAAUGACAUUCAAAGACUUUUUCCUUGCCCCUGCAAAGCGACGAGGUGGUGCCAAGCCUGAAAAGAAAAAGGUCCAGUUUGCUGAUGAAGAACCAAGCAAUGACGAGGAUGAAGCUGAUGUUAUGGACGAGGAUGAUGAAGAAGACGAUGAAGAGCAAGAACCAAAGACUCGCAGCCUUUUCGACGAUGAUGAAGAGGAGGAAGAGGAUAACACAACAUCAGCACAUGAAAAACGAUUAGAACGCAUUCAGGAACAAAUCGAGCAGUUUGAACAAGAGAAUAUUCAAGAUAAGCAUUGGACAUUGAAGGGUGAAACCGAUGCAAAAGCACGACCCGUCAACAGUCUUUUGGAAGAAGAUCUCGAGUUUGAGCAAUCAGUAAAGCCUGUUCCUGUCAUCACCCAAGAAGUUACAAGUGCAUUGGAGGAGAUCAUCAAGAAGCGUAUUUUGGAUAAUCAAUUUGACGACGUUGAACGCAAACAAGAUCCACAAGAGCGACCAUUCUUACCAUCCAAGAAGAUUGAUAUCAGUGAUGAGAGAUCUAAAAAGUCCUUGGCUGAGCUCUAUGAAGAGGAUUACAUGAAGCAAAAGACCGGUGACACGACGAAUGAAAAGGAUGCGGCAUUAGAACAAGAACAUCAAGCUAUCACAGAUCUGUUCAAUGAAUUGUGCGGCAAACUUGAUUCUCUCAGCAAUUUCCACUUUACACCCAAACAGCCCAAGGCCGAUGUGAACAUUGUCAGUGAUGCACCUGCAAUCAGUAUGGAAGAAGCUAUGCCAGUGAAUAUGUCGGAUGCAACGCUAUUGGCACCUGAGGAAGUCUAUGAUAAGAAGCGUGGUGAAGUCAAGAGCAAGGAAGAGAUGACACAAGAGGAACGUAAACGCACACAUGCAAAGAAGAAACAACAAAAGCGAAAGGAGCGAGCAUUGAAGGAACGCGAGAUGAAGUUGAUUCACAAGCAGAACCCUGGACUUGGAAACAAACAUGCCAAGAUGAAGGCUGUCAAGGAAUUGAUGGGAGCAAAGAAUGUCGAGAUCAUCAAAAACAAAUAG